AUGCAGCCUCAUUACACUCAGGGAGACCAUGUGCAGCCACUGUCCCGCGAAAUGAAACGCAUAGUAGAUGGGAAUGUACGUCCCUUUUACUCUAGUCUUUUCCUUGAUCCAGAGGAGGCGCAAUAUUUACAGCACUUGGCAGAGAGGCGCAGAGAGUCUAGAUUGGCCUUUCUGAUGCGUCAAGAGGAAACCAAAAGAAACAUCCGAAAUCAAUCCCUUAUUGUUAAGGACUGGGCAAAAAGGGCGCCAAGGGCCAGCGGACAGAGUGCAGAUGGAUGGUCCAAAUACCGCUUGUCAAUUGAAAGGCAGAGCAGGGAGAUUCAGGAUGUUGAGGUCGACGAUCGUGAGUCCUUUACGAUCCCUGCGCGUCCAAAGCCAGGGUCACAAGUAACUCAGUUUCAGAGGUCGAUACAAAAGAAGACAGCAUCGCUAUUUGAUGAAAAGGCCCCAGUUCAGAAAGGAUUAGCAACAUGUCGCCCACUGUUUCCUAUUGCAGGGCCUCAAACUGUCACAGAAGGUGACUCCGCAAGAAGUGCUAGCCCUUGUUAUACAAGGCUUUCAGAGAUAGGCGCGCGGUACUCCAGAGAGAAGCUUGAAAGCCCAUUGAACCGAUGUCUUACAAUUGACGCCGAACAGAUUUUGUCAAGCAUGCAGCGCCAUGAAGAUCGGUUUAGUGCAAGAUUAGUGUCACUUAGUAAGCCGAAUCCCUUAACAAACACGGAGCCGCCAUGA